GGAACCAUUGCAAUUUUCAUGUCUUCGAUUUUAAAAUCUUUGAAAAAUUAAAUACCAACCUUCUCGAUCGCGCUAAUAUGAGUAGUACCAACCUUGCCUAUUUGUGGGUUCCUAAAAAAGUGAAGGUUGUGCAGCGUUAAUCGUCAAUUCCUCAGAAACUCUCGAAACUCUGGAAGAGCAGUGUUAAGUUCAACCUAUUUCUUUACAUUUUUAUUCUCCCGGCCAUCAAAUGGCUGUUCCGACUGUCGGAGCUGAGGUAAUAAGCCAUUCACGACGUGUAUGUAGCUUGUAUAAGCGAGCACUUCGAUGUUUGGAAUGUUAUUAUGAUAAGAGAUUCAUUUUUCGGUAUCAAGCUACGCUUAUGCGUGAUCGAUUUGAACAGAACAAAGAUAUUAAAGACAUGCGAAUAGCCAAAGAGUUAUUGCUAAAGGGAGAAGAGGAGUUAUUUAGUAAACAGCAUUACCAGCCUAGGAAAUUUCCUCUCUCGCCUGGUGGUGUUGCUUACGCACGUACAGUGAACCCUCCAGAUUGGGUUCUCGAUUAUUGGCAUCCUUUAGAAAAAGCCCAAUAUCCUCAAUAUUUUGCGUGCAGAGAACAAAGAAAGAAAGAAUUCAUUGAACUUUGGGAGAAACAAUACGGGAAGCCUUCGAAGGAGGAUUUGCAUCAUUGAACAUCCCAUUGUUAGUUAUUGAUUUUGUGGAUGUGUUUAGAAUCUUGUAUAUAGAAAUAAUUAAAUUCUUAUCCUUCAAAUAUUUGAUUGUGUUUUAUAUAAUUAGCGUGUAACAAGAGCAGUCUAAAUGUACAAAAUUUAAAUGACUCCUAGAUGAAAAAAUGUUUUUAUUUGCUUAACUAGCAUUUUUUCAAGUACAAACCUGUUUUGAUAAAAAUGAUACAAGAAUUAAAAGAAACUUGCAAGUACUUGAAGCAGAUCAGAAGUUGUUGAAAUAAACUUAAGUCUCAUCCCAAUUUCCCCAAGUAUAUUCAGAAAUUAAAUUUUGUGAACAGGAAAGCAGCACAAUGCCACAAAUUUUCUUUAAUACUUGAUUAGAGAAAAUCAAUUUUUGGUAGCUUAAGGUAAUUUCCAAGGUAAUAUUCACUGUUCUCUAGUUAGCAAGACUUCCCAUCUUAAGUGCCCAUACCACCCAUUCUCUCUGUGUGCUAAGAGAAGUAGUGAUAUGGGUGAAUGAAGUCUGCAGCGAGAGGAAGUAAUUACCUAAAUAAAUUAUCUACAAUUUACAAUAGAGCCUCAGUUAUUUGACAUUCCUUAUCCACCUAGUCUAUUUUUGUUGCCCUGACAAUGCAGAUGAGCUACGUGUUGAAGAAAUCAAGAUAUGAAGCUGGUAGUUUUUCUUUUAAGUUCUUUGAUAUCUUUCAAUUAGUUGGUUUGGAUUGGCCUUGGAGAUUUGUAUUUUACAGGAAGAUUAGUUUGUGCAAAAUCAAAAGUGUGUUUCUCUCUACCUAUUUUACCUUUAGUGACAUUUAUUCUGACAGUAU